CCGAAUUUCGUUGUCGCCUUGCUCUCUCUUUCUUUCUCCCCCUUCUUUACCUUAGUCUAAUGUCUGCUAGUGAUCGCUCUAGCUUCGCGUCUGACAGAGACCAGACCUCUACAACUGGCUCUCACAAGGUUAGAUACCAUGCCGACGAGGAUUGGGAUUUCCAUCUCGAUGUGUCCAGCACAUCCCGUCGACCUCUCGCUGGUACUACCUCACUACCGUGCUCGUAACCAGCCACUCGAUCAUCGGAUGAACAUGUUCGUUGGCAACGAUUCCGGAAAUAUGAAACUAAAAAUUUGUCGAAACUCGGUGAAAUCAAAAUUCUACCUCGAGAUUCAGUCCACGACUUCGGAUAUCACAGUGUGGCUACCGUCCGAUUUCAAGGGCCGAAUACACUCAUCGGGGAAAACAUCUUUCUCCUCUGGGUUCCUGAACCGGAUCAUGCAGAGCGUGCGACUAAAUGGCGUUGAGCACGAUGGAUUCGCCGAAGAUGAAGUGGUGGUGAUGUCUUCGGGGCAUGUCACCUUCCGGAUGUGGGAUGUGCUCACGGGUGCACCGGAGCGUGCUCAGAAGGAGGUGUUGAAGAGGAUGUUUGGCCGAACGCAAAAGGCCCGUGAGACGUCGACGAUGAACUGGGAUUUCCUUCUCGAAGACUGAUGAAAAAACCCUGGAAGAUGGAUUGUUGUUUUAUUCGCCAUUCCUGCGCCCCUCGAUGGGAAUCACUAUAGACUUAUCUUUGUUCGUUCUUUCUUCUAUCGGCUCUUUGGGCAUUCCUUAUUUACAGGGUUCGUCA